AUGCGCACAUCUACAUGGAAGAUCAAUCCUCAUUGUAUUCAGGCUGGAUAUACUCUGAGGGAGUGUGUCACAUCAGGUUCCUCCUCUUCCAUCCUGGAGCUCACCUGCUUAGGGCCUUUCAGGUUGGUGGGAGGAUCCAGUCGCUGUGCAGGAACACUGGAGGUGAAACAGGGAGACUGGAGACCAGUGGAUGGCUCUGACUGGACUCUGAAGGAAGCAGCAGACUCUGUCAGGCUGGUGAAUGGGACUGGUCUGUGUUCAGGACGACUGGAGGUGAAAUCUGGCCAGUCUAACCAGUCGUGGUCCUCAGUGUGUGAAGAUGACUUUGACCAGCAGGAUGCAGAGGUGGUCUGUAGGGAGCUGGGUUGUGGGGCUCCUUCAGUCCUCCAGGGGGCGCUCUAUGGAGAAGUGGAGGCUCCAAUGUGGACCAAAGAGUUCCAGUGUGGAGGUAACGAGUCUGCUCUCCUGGACUGUAGAAGCUCAGACUCAGAUAGAAACACCUGCUCAUCUGGCAAAGCUGUUGGACUCACCUGCUCAGAUCCUGUCAGGUUGGUGGGAGGAUCCAGUCGCUGCACUGGAACACUGGAGGUGAAACAAGGAGACUGGAGACCAGUGGAUGGCUCUGACUGGACUCUGAAGGAAGCAGCUGUCGUCUCCAGAGACUUGGACUGUGGCUCUGCUAUUUCAGCAGGAAUAAGAAAUGAGGCCUUGCUCAAAUCUGCAUGGAAGAUCAGUCCUAGCUGUAUUCAGGCUGGACAUUCCCUGAGGGAGUGUGUGACAUUAGGUUCCUCUUCCUCCAUCAUGGAGAUCACCUGCGUAGACUCUGUCAGGCUGGUGAAUGGGACUGGUCUGUGUUCAGGACACCUGGAGGUGAAGUCUGACCAGUCUAACCAGUCGUGGUCCUCAGUGUGUGAAGAUGACUUUGACCAGCAGGAUGCAGAGGUGGUCUGUAGGGAGCUGGGCUGUGGGGCUCCUUCAGUCCUCCAGGGGGCGCUCUAUGGAGAAGUGGAGGCUCCAAUGUGGACCAAAGAGUUCCAGUGUGGAGGUAAUGAGUCUGCUCUCCUGGACUGUAGAAGCUCAGACUCAGAUAGAAACACCUGCUCAUCUGGCAAAGCUGUUGGACUCACCUGCUCAGAUCCUGUCAGGUUGGUGGGAGGAUCCAGUCGCUGCACUGGAACACUGGAGGUGAAACAGGGAGACUGGAGACCAGUGGAUGGCUCUGACUGGACUCUGACGUCAGCAGCUGCCUUCUGUAGAAACCUGAACUGCGGCUCUGCUAUUUCAGCAGGAAGGAAAGAGGACUCCUCCAACAGAUCUGCAUGGAAGAUCAACUUUGACUGUGUUCACUCUGGAUCUGCUCUGAGAGAGUGUGUAACAUUAUUGUCCUGGUCUUCCUCCACCCUGGAGCUCACCUGUUCAGAUCCAGCAGCUUUUAUCAUCAGAUUGGUCGUCCUGCCGCUGAUUCUGCUGUUGUUCAUCACUGUCAUCUAUUUCAUCUUUAAGACCACCAGGGGGAAGAAGCCAGGCCAACAGGAGAACAUCGAGGUGGAUUAUUACAACCUCAGUGUUUUCAGAAAUGAAGGAGGAUCGGCUGAAGAGGAAGGAGCCCAGGCAGAAGAGUAG